AUGGAUAAUAGUUACUGCCCCUUGAUUGCCAAGACGAGACCGACGAUCUACCCUUUUAAUUUGGACCCAAGUGGGCACGGAGCCCCUCGAUUUCAUGAUGGCAAGCUUGUGACGCAGCGACAGUGGAGAGCUUUGAAUAAUAUGGAGAAAACUCCUUAUCAAGUUUCCCUCGGUCUCCACCUUCUUGAAGAAAAUAAACGACUAAUGGACGCGAAAAUCCAGCGCCGCAGCGAGAGCAAGGAAUAUCGAAGAAGAACUAACCCGGUUUUUCAUCCUUGGGGAAGCGGCUCCGGAAAUCCAAAUUACACUCGGCCGUUUUGCAAAUCUAACGAGCAAUUUUUACGAAAACUGAAUGGAGAAGAUUGUCAUCCGAUUCUCAAGAGCGAUCUUGGUGGCGGAGGAGAGCCGAUUUUUAAGGACGACGGAGAGCGAGAUACAAGACGAAAAGGCCCCUUUGUGAACAUCGAGCCAUCGGGAGUCAAAGUUUCGGAAAAGACACAUUUCCCGGCUCCACUUGACGGAAGAAGGAUCGGGAGAAGAAGACGAAAAGCUUCUGAUAAUUUCGCGGUCCUUUCUCAACCGGAUAUGGCUGCUUGGAUGAGCCGGUUAGAAACACAGCAAACGCACAGAACAGCACCGGAAGAAGCCCUGAAAAUCAAGAAAAACGACGUCUCUCAUCCUCACUUCUUUGGGUCUUAUCGAACAGUUCUUCCGAUAAAAGACUACCCAAAAGUUCCUUUGAAAUUGAUUCAUGGAGAGCCGAAGCAGAAAAUUUGGAAGUUCAACGAAAACAGCCCACUUUUCAGAAGCCUUGUUGAAAACUAG